UUGAUCACGGCUGGUCUCUGGAUCAGACAUUUCUCAGGUUUUUCAUAUUUCUGCAGGUGUUUCACAGAGGUCAAAGAGGUCAGUGCUGAGGAGUUGGAGAAGAAGGAAGGAGAGCAGGAGCAGCCGGAGUACCUACACCUGCAUCAUAUGGUGGUCAGGAGGAUCGGGGAAAUCUGCAGAAUAGUCAAUCAGCGCAUGCUGCUGCAGGACCUUCACGACAGCCAUGUGUGUAACUCUCUGCUGGUGGCUGAGAGUGAGGAGGACAUCUGGAAGAACGAGUCUCUGUUCAGGCAGAGGCUUAACAACUCUGAUGAUUACAACACAGAGGAGAGCUACCAGGCCAGAGACUACCUGGCAGCCACCAUGCAGUUCAUCCCGGGACAUUUUGCCUGUGACGUGGUGUGGAGCACCGUCAUCCAAAUCCACCCACGCCUCAAGAUUGGACCCAACAUGGGGGUGUCCAGGGGUGAGUGGCACAUAUGA